AUGGCCGCAAGUUGCCGCAACGCCGCCAGAAGCAUCAUCCAAACUCCAGUAGGAAGAAGAACAGCAGGAGGUGCGUCGAUGGAGAAUAUGCAGACCCUGAGGUGCCCCCGCUGCGACUCCUCCAACACCAAGUUUUGCUACUAUAACAACUACAGCCUCUCCCAGCCUCGCCACUUCUGCAAAGCUUGCAAGCGGUACUGGACGCGCGGUGGCACCCUCCGGAACGUCCCCGUCGGCGGCGGAUGCCGCAAGAACAAACGCGCCAAGAAGCCCGCCAGCUCCGCCUCCAAUUCCCCCUCAGCCGCGUCCGCCUUUCCCUCGGCAAAUUCAACUAGCAGGCACUCCCAUCUCUCAUUCCCCAGCGUCAGCGAGCUAUUCUACGGCAACCCCGCCGAUGUGGGCCAGCUGAGCUUCCCCAUCGGAAGUUCCUUUGACGACAAAGAAUACGGGAUCCAGCGUCAGACUGGGGUUGAGAUGACACCCUCAUUAACCGAUCUCUUGACCGAGAACUCCUUCACCGCCUCCAACCCGUACCUUUCCCUUUACACCACUUUCCAGGCACAGAUGGGUAGCGGGAACUCUACCUUAUCGACGAACAUCAAGUCAGAGGAGAUGACGACGAGCAGCGGCCAUGACCACUGCUUCAACUGGCCGUUGGCAGCACACCAGAGUACCCCAGAGGCCACCAUGGAGAUGGAACCUUGUCUCUACUGGAGCACCCUAGCCGCCCCUGGCUUCGGCGGUGGUACCGUUAUUUGA